AUGGUCAGUCCGCCCCUGGUGACAACACUGCUUCUCCAGAGUACAACGAACACAAUCUGCCUGCAUUGCACAGAGAAGCGCAGAGACCGGCCUAUGAAGACUUCUGUGCAUUUGCAUAACUCCUCCCAGGGGCUGGCCCACUUCUUUCAUCAGGGCUGAUGACUCAUGAGAGGGCUUAGUGUUGAAAUCUUUUGGUGCAAUGCAGAGGCGGACUGACAACUCAUGGGGCCCCCAGGCAAUAGGGGAUCAUGGGGCCCCUGUGUCCUUGCCCAAACUCAAAAAAGCCUAUAAAAAAGGUACCAGGGGCAUCUCAUGGGGCCCC